AAUAAUGUUACUUUAAACGAAUUGAUUGCGAUUACAAUGGAAUUGGUUGUAACCUGAUUAUAACCUGAAUUCCUCCUCGAGUCGAAUUGAUUUCAAAACUUGAAUCUUGAAACAAUGGAAUCUUCUUCUUCUUCUUCUUCUUCUCCAUUUAAGUAUAACAUUCUCAAGGGGAAGGUGGCCUUGUUGACAGGCGGUGGUUCUGGUAUUGGUUUUGAGAUUACGUGUCAGUUUGGUAAACAUGGAGCCUCAGUUGCGAUUAUGGGACGUCGUAAAAACGUACUCGACUCUGCUGUCUCUUCUCUUCGUUCUCUAGGAAUUCAGGCCAUUGGGCUAGUGGGUGAUGUCCGCAAGAGGGAAGAUGCAAUCAGAGUUUUGGAUUCAACUAUUAAACAUUUUGGCAGACUUGACAUCCUUGUAAAUGCUGCAGCUGGCAACUUUCUUGUGUCCGCAGAGGAUUUAUCGCCUAAUGGAUUUCGGACAGUUAUGGAUAUCGAUUCUGUUGGCACAUUUACAAUGUGCCAUGAAGCGCUGAAGUAUCUUAAGAGAGGAGGAAUAGGCAGGGGCAUCUCUAGUGGUGGAACAAUUUUGAACAUAAGCGCAACAUUACAUUACACAGCUUCUUGGUAUCAAAUUCACGUUUCUGCUGCCAAGGCAGCUGUCGACAGCAUUACAAGGUCAUUGGCAUUGGAAUGGGGCACUGAUUAUGAUAUUAGGGUCAAUGGAAUCGCACCAGGACCUAUUGAAGGUACUACUGGACUUAGUAAGCUUGUGCCUGACGAGGCACAGAAUAAAAUUGAAGAGUACUUGCCCCUGUAUAAAUUGGGGAAAAAAAGGGAUAUUGCUAUGGCUGCUCUCUAUUUAACAUCAGAUGCAGGUAAAUACAUCAAUGGAAUGACAAUUGUGGUUGAUGGGGGACUCUGGCUAAGCCGUCCUCGUCACAUCUCGAAAGAGACAGUUAAGGAGCUCUCUCGAGUGGUGGAAAAGAGAUCGCGAGAAGAAGCAACAAACAGGGUUUCACCAAGCAGACUCUAAGCUAAAAAUCUUAGAGUGCAUGUGGAUCAUUUGUUCUCUUGCUAUUGUUAAGCUCAAGAUCUCAACAACAACCUUUUGUCCGAGCAAGGUCCACUAUCCAAAUUUGGUGGCGCUUUCAUUUCGUUUAGUUGUAGGCUGAAUAUUGCAAAUUGAGUGUUGUUUACGUUAAUCAAAACGUUAAUAAAGCAGCCUAUUGAAGUCCAUGGCUUAACUCAUCUUGAAAACCAGGUUGCUCGUGGUUAAGUUUCUUGCAUAAUGUGGUACAAAUCUCAACACACCCGCUCAAUGUAGCCUCGUUGGGUCUGACACCUGGAAAUGUAAUCGAGUGACGCGGAAAAAAGGUGCAGUCAAAUGACUCGUCACAGGGACUAACCUCAACACACACCCACACGUGUAGCCUUGUUGGAUCUAACACGUGGAAAUGGAGACGUGGAGCAAAGGUGCAGUCAAAUGACUCAUCACAAAUGGCCUGCUCUGAUACCAUGGUAGCAUUUGGAUUUCCAACUCUAGGAGGCUGGUUAAUGUGGGACUAUCAUCUUAUGAGAUAUAUAUGUGUUUAGGAUCAUGAACUGUGCUUAUCUCGUAUAUGUUCAAAAGUUAAGUCUGUUGUGUCAUUAUGCAAAUAUUGAUGAAAGAUAGAAUGAACUUUUGAAAAUAUUUCGC